CGGGUCCUGUGUGGCAGAUCCAGGAUUUCAGCAUGAGUUAUCUAAUGCUUUGUUUUCUCCCCAUACGCGGACACCUCUGUGGCAAGUGAUGAGGCCCCUCAAACUGGGCCUCGGUCCCGGGGAACACACAUUUCAUAAACCCACUGUCCCCCAAGUCUCUUUGCUUGAAACAUUCUGUGCUGACCUGUGCCUGUCUAAAAGCUCCUCCCAGUGUUCACUUGGGGUUUGCUCCCAUCAGUCUCCCAAAAGCUUUGGUCUUAGACGUGACAGAUGUAUCUCAAAGCCAGGACGAGAAAAUGCUCAAACUCUCUGCAAAGGGCAAGUUUGCCAUGUAAGUCUGUUGCGCAAGCAUCUUCGGAAAAUGUCAGUGUGAGUGCAGCUUUCCUGAAAGGCCUAGUUCCUCGAUAAGAUUAUCUCACCCACUUCAUUCUGUGACGCUGUCACCCCAGGGACUAACUGUCAUUAGAAGUGAGCCCAAGAACAACUGUUAGUGCCGCUGCUGAAGGAAGGAGGCACAACUGUUUCCGGGAGGCGUGGCCAAGGAGGCUUAUUUCUGGACUUGGAGGUGGUACACUGGCAGAGUCCCCACAUGCACGCCUACUAUCCGGCCCUUACCUCUUGGCCAUCCCUGCUGGGAGAUAUGCUGGCUGAUGCCAUUAACUGCUUAGGAUUCACAUGGGCUUCCAGUCCAGCGUGCACGGAGCUGGAGAUGAGCGUCAUGGACUGGCUGGCGAAGAUGCUGGGACUCCCUGAGCACUUCCUGCACCACCAUCCCAGCAGCCAGGGGGGAGGUGUCUUGCAGAGCACUGUCAGCGAAUCCACUUUGAUUGCCCUGCUGGCAGCCAGGAAGAACAAAAUCCUAGAAAUGAAAACGUUGGAGCCCGAUGCUGAUGAGUCCUCUCUGAAUGCUCGGCUCGUCGCCUACGCCUCUGAUCAGGCUCACUCCUCAGUGGAGAAGGCUGGCUUGAUUUCCCUUGUGAAGAUGCGAUUUCUGCCUGUGGACGACAACUUCUCACUCCGAGGAGAAGCUCUUCAGAGAGCCAUCGAGGAAGACAAGCAACAGGGCUUGGUGCCUGUCUUUGUCUGUGCAACAUUAGGGACCACUGGAGUCUGUGCGUUUGACAGGCUGUCAGAGCUGGGCCCUAUCUGUGCCAGUGAGGGGCUGUGGCUCCACGUGGAUGCUGCUUAUGCUGGGACAGCCUUUCUGUGCCCUGAGCUGCGGGGAUUCCUGAAGGGUAUCGAGUAUGCUGACUCCUUCACUUUUAAUCCCUCCAAAUGGAUGAUGGUACACUUUGACUGUACUGGGUUCUGGGUUAAGGACAAGUACAAGUUGCAGCAGACGUUCAGCGUGAACCCCGUCUACCUCAGACAUGCCAACUCUGGGGCCACCACAGACUUCAUGCACUGGCAGAUCCCCCUGAGUCGGCGCUUUCGCUCCAUUAAGCUCUGGUUCGUGAUUCGGUCCUUCGGGGUGAAGAAUCUUCAAGCACAUGUCAGACACGGAACAGAAAUGGCUAAAUACUUUGAAUCUCUGGUCAGAAAUGACCCUUUCUUUGAAAUUCCUGCCAAGAGGCACCUUGGGUUGGUGGUUUUCCGUCUGAAGGGUCCCAAUUGUCUCACAGAAAGUGUGUUAAAGGAAAUAGCCAAAGGUGGCCAGCUCUUCCUCAUUCCAGCCACUAUCCAGGACAAGCUGAUCAUCCGUUUCACCGUGACAUCCCAGUUUACCACCAAGGAGGACAUCCUGAGAGACUGGAACCUCAUCCGAGAGGCUGCUACCCUCGUCCUGAACCAGCACUGCACUUCCCAGCCGAGCCCUCGGGCCAAGAACCUCAUCCCGACCCGAGGCUCCAGGGACCUGACCAGUGGGCUAUCCCUGGAGUCUGUCAACGAGGGAGGAGACGACCCAGCUCAGGCCCGGAAGAUCAUCAAGCAGCCCCAGCAGCUGGGGGCUGGUGUGAUGAGAAAGGAGGGUGGCUGUGAUCUUGAGACCCUGCUGGAUCCACCCGAUGAGUGCUUCUCAGAAGAAGAAGCCCCAGAUGCCACCAAGCACAAGCUGUCGUCCUUUCUGUUCAGUUACUUGUCCGUCCAGAGCAAGAAGAAGACGGUGCGUUCCCUCAGCUGCAACAGCGUGCCCGUGAGCGCUCAGAAGUCACUCCCCACAGAUGGCUCAGUGAAGAACGGGGGCUCCUUCCGGGCAAGGAUCUUUUCCAGGUUCCCGGAAGAAAUGAUGAUGAUAAAGAAAAGCGCCUUCAAAAAGCUGAUCAAGUUCUACAGCGUGCCCAGCUUCCCGGAAUGCAGCUCCCAGUGUGCCCUGCAGCUGCCCUGCUGCCCUCUGCAGGCCAUGGUGUAGAGCCUCCGACCAGAAUGCAAGGGUGUGCUUCAGGGAGUUUGCGAACCCCUCAACAUCGUGUGCCGCGUGUGUGCUUCUGUGUGUGUGUGCGCGCCUUGAGGGGGAGCAAGCCCAUAAUUUUGAUCAUAGCCUCACGGGGUUCAUGACUUGCAGUGCCCGGUAAUUGGGGAGUUUAAGCCCGGAUGCUCCAGAGUGGUGCAGCAGCCUGUCAGACCGAGGGGCGAGGAGGGAGGGGUCCGAACUGUUAAGCUUACGACAUGAAAUGCAGCCUAGAAAUAAAUUGUGCUUGUAUCUGAAAUAAA